UUUUCUGCGAACAGAAAAACGUUUCUCCAGCAGCCAACCUUCUCCAGUCGUCUUGUACAGGCACACUAAAAUGGCGUCAGCUCCGGCAGAUUACAGCUCCUACAGUCAGACCACUGCUCAGCAGGGGUAUGCCUCUUAUGCUGCCCAGCCCUCACAAAGCUAUGGACAGUCUGCAGCACAGCAGAGCUAUGGUCAACAGAAUUAUGGAUCAUACGCCCAACCUGCUGCUGCUGACGGCACUUACACCCAGACAACACCUGCCGCCGCAGGCUACACUCAGCAGCAGCAGCAACAACAGUAUGGGUCCUCGUACACCCAGCCAGCAGCAGCUGGCUAUCCUGCUGCCCAGUCGACCACUCAUGCCUACUCCCAGUCAACCCAGGGUUAUGGAGCCAGUGGUUAUGACAGUACUCCUGCUGCUGCUGCUCCAGCUGCCUCCCAGUCUUACGGCUCUCAGCCAGGGUAUACUGCCCAGUCUGCCUACCCUGGUUAUGGCCAGCAGGCUGCUCCCACUGCACCGCAGAGUUACAAUGCUAGUAGCCAGCCAGCCACUUACAACCAAAGUAGUUACUCCCAGCCAGCAGCAUAUGGCCAGCAACAGUCAGGCUACCAGGCCGCGCAGGCAAGCUACGGUCAGCAGGGCUACCAGCAGCAGUCCCAGCAGCAGUCCCAGGCUCCUCCUGCUUACCCUCCUCAGGCUUCUGGUUCCUAUGGGCAGCCUCCAGCCAAUCAGUACAGUCAACAGGGUGGACCUCCCAGUUACAACCAGUCCAACCAUUACAAUAAUUACAGACAGGAUGGCCAGGGUGGAGGUUCUGGUUACUCUGGCUCUGAGUCUUCAAGGUACUCUGGGUCAGGGGAGAACAGAGGCAGGGACGGAUUUGAUCGAGGUGGAAUGAUGCAUCGUGGCCGUGGAGGCAUGGGCCGUGGCAUGGGCAGCGCUGGAGACAGAGGUGGCUUCAGUAAGCCUGGUGGACCUAUGAACAGCGACGAGCGUGAAACUGGACGCCCUGAAGAGCAGGAUGACUCUGAGAACAGCACAAUCUACAUCACAGGGUUGACUGAGAAGGCUAACCUGGAGGAGAUGGCUGAAUUCUUUAAACACGUUGGCCCGAUUAGGAUUAACCGCAGACUUGGCCAGCCUGCCAUUAACAUAUACACAGACAAGGACUCAGGAAAGCCCAAGGGAGAUGCCACCCUAUCCUAUGAGGAGCCCGUCUGUGCCAAAGCAGCUGUAGAGCAUUUUGAUGGAAAGGAGUUCCAAGGCCGAAGGCUUAAGGUGUCCAUGGCACGCCGUAAGCCCAUGAUGGGUGGAAUGAGGGGUGGCAUGCCCAUGCGAGAUGGCAUGAUGGGCCGUGGAGGUAUGAUGGGCCGUGGAGGUGACCGUGGCGGGUUCAUGCCACGUGGUGGUCCUCGUGGUAUGGGCAGAGGUGGACCCACAGGAGGAAACAUGCAGCAAAGAGCUGGGGACUGGGAGUGUCCUAACCCGGGUUGUGGUAACCAGAACUUUGCCUGGAGGAUGGAGUGUAACCAGUGCAAAGCCCCCAAGCCAGAAGGGUUGGGCGGUGGCCCUCCCUUCCCCCCUGGAGGUGACAGAGGCAGAGGGGGAAUGGGAAUGCGUGGAGGCAGAGGCAUGGACCGUGGUGGGGCUGGAGGCCCUGGUGGUCCCGGAGGUUUCCGUGGAGGUUGGGGAGGCGACCGUGGUGGAUUCAGAGGACGUGGUGGAAUGGACAGGGGAGGUUUCCGAGGGGCCGGGCGUGGAGGACCCCCCAUGGACCGAAUGGGUGGCAGAGGUGGAAGAGGAAUGGGCCCUCCAGGUGGCAAGAUGGAUAUGAGGGACCAUCGCCAGGAGCGCAGGGAGCGACCCUACUGAUGGAGAACUUCUUGACUGUUCCUCUUGUGGAAUUUGAUUUUUAAAAUAAAAUUUUUUUAAUUUAUGAUUCCAUAUUUCGAUGGUUAUAGAACUGCUUUCAAACAUCCUGUGCAGUUUCAUUGAACUCAUUUCCAUUUUUUUUUUUUUUUUUUUAGUUUACCCAUGUUUAUGCCACAUCUUGUAUUGUGCACAUCUUGUUUUUUUAAAUAUGCUGAUUAGGUUUGACAGUGUUGUAAAAUGCUCUUUUUUCUUUUUUUUUCUUUUCCUCAUUUGUUUACAUAAUUGCUUCCCCUUUCCCAUAACUGGCUAUUGUAUGAUGACAAAUUUGGGAAAUAAAAUUUUACUGAUUUGA